GAAUUUCUUUUUGAAUGAUAACAUAUCAAAAUGAAAAAUUCCAAAUUCAUGAAAGCAAAGUGAAAUUAUCAAGCAGAAGGGACAUUCAUGCAUUCAUGUGAUGUUUAAUUGUCAAAACUGUACUAAAAUUUCAUUUUGUCCGGUAGUCAUACUAUUGAAAAGUGUCUCAAUCUUUUUCAUCUUAAAAAUUGCCUUCUGUGGGUAGUACCCAUGUAAAAAAAAAAGGAAGCAGUUGAAGGAGAAGAAGGAAAGAAAAGCCUACGCUGCUCAGACAUCUUUCUACUACACAAAUAGAGUACUUAGCCUAUAUUCGCAGCUUUAAUUGCUUUCGAGUAUGAAUUAUUAAUUGUGUCAAUAUCGGACAAAAGCCAUUGAGGGAACUGGCAAUAAUGUGACGUCAUACAUUCCGAGUCUCUACUGCAUUACACGGUAGGUUAUCGGGCUGUUAAAGAUAAUUUACCCGGUUCAAAGUUCUUUAUCGUCUUGUAAACGAUUCGGGAGAUAUUGUAAAGAAUCUCAGUCACUCGAGGAACUUGUGAGGUAUUGUUAAGUGCCAUUUUGUGGUGAAACUUUUUUAUAUUUUCAACGAAAAUAUGUACAAGAACUACGGACACUACGUGUUGGCCAUUUCAGCGGCAGUUACAGUUCUGAUUUCUCUGUGGACUUCGCACACGAACGCUGUUCCUUUGAAUGGAACCAAUAAUACAGGGAAUUUUUCAUCUGUUAACACCACAUCUAGAAAUAAUAAUUCUUCGCUGCAGAAUUCAACAGCUGCUAACUCGACGACUACGUGUAAUGCCACAAUUUCCAACUGCACGACGCAGAAUUCUACUUUGCAGGGCAACGGAACUGUGGUCUAUGUCCAAGUUAAUUUGACAAAUGUAUGCGGGUCAAAUAGAACUCAGCGUCUCUUACCAUGCAACGGGACAGCGUUAAAUCUCACAAAACACUGUGAGAUUGCUAAAACUGGUAAUUUAUCGCUUGUUUGCAGAAAUGGAAGUGUCAUAAAUAGUUCCUUUAUCGAUGAUCUGGUUUCUAAUGCAACAAAAUCUUCCAUCACAUCAAACAACACAAUUAAUUCUGGAAAUCGCACUAUCGAAAAUAUAACAUCCUCGAUUAACGCCACUACAGCGACGCCAUCGAUUCAAACUCCAAAUGGGACUUUAACAAAUGGAUCGCUAGUUAAUGGCACCUCUUCGCAAAACGCCACAGAAGGGAAUGUCACCACAACUUCAAGCUCGAUCUCUGUUAACGCUUCCGCUAAUGCUACCGUUGCUGCACCAACUACAACAAAUUUGGAGGGUGCAAUCUCAAACGCAACGGAAUCUCCGACAACUAAGGCACAAGAAGGCAACGAAAUGUCGAGUACAGCAACUCAGCAAUCGACAACUACGGUAACUAAAGCGGAAGAGACAACUACCGAAAAAUCAACUACUCCAAGUACCACAGCGAAGGAGACAACUACCGAAAAAUCAACUACUCCAAGCACUACAGCGAAAGAGACAACUACCGAAAAAUCGACUACUCCAAGUACUACAGCCGAGGAGACAACGACCGAGAGAUCGACAGCUUCUAUCACCACUCAGGAAGCCUCGUCUCCUCCAAGCGCUAAGGAAACUACCACAAAAGAAAGCACAACUCAGACCACCACAACCAAGGAAACAGUGAAAACAGUCCAGACUACUACGACAACACAAGAAUCCUUGCAAAGAACAACUUCUUCGAAAGAUGAUCAACAGCAUUCGUUGCCAUCUCCUUUGGAUGAUGAAAAGAGUGUGCAAUUUUUCUAUGUUAAUGUGCUCACCCCAAUUGGUGCAGGAGCCUGUGCAGCACUGCUCAUUGCAUUCCUGGUUGUGCUGUGCAGAUGUUGCCGUCGACGAAAGCUAAAGAAAGUGCGCUACUUUGGAAAGGCUCCAGGACAUGUUAACAUGGAUGAGUUGAAUUUGCUUUCACAUUCCAGUGAUGAAGAGUGAUUAAGUUCCUCUUGGGUCCUUCUCCAUAAUUUACCUAUUUUCAGAAAAUCCACCUUCACUAAAAUCUAGAGCAGAUCAAAGUCCAGCUUGACUGUACAAUUUUAUAAUGGCUACACUGGAUGUAAAUUUUUUUCCACUACAAUUCUUUUGGAAAGAAGUUUUAGUGAUGCAGAGUUUUUGACAAACUGGAAGCUUUCUCAGUCCAUCAAAGUUUACCCAGGGUUGUCAAGGUUAUGCAUUAAAUUAUAUGCAUGGAAAUCUCAGGAGGUUAAUAAAGUGGAAGUCAGUGAUUCUUGCCAGCCUUUAUCAACAGGAACAGUUUGGUUAAGACUAAAGAAUCUUUUAAGCUAACCUAUUGCUUGUUAGCAGAAGCACAAUAGCACAUACCAAGAAUUCUGGCUAAUAUUCCAUGAUGUGUUAGGUACAAGAGAACACUUGUUAUUGAGCUAGUACGUUUUUAUACUGCAGUGAGUGAACAAUAAUUGUCAAUCAACCACCACCUAUGAAAAUAGAUUUUGUGAGUAAAAUGGCUUUGAAAUAAUUAAACCGUUUAAGCUCUCUUUUGCAACAUUUAUUUGAUUUAACAGCAAUUUAAAUCAAAAUGAUGAUGAUGAGGAAGGUUUUGAUGCAGUGUUCCAGUUUUCACAAUAUGAUUCAUCAGUAUUUAUACAUGUAUAACAAUUUUAUUCUUGUUGAUUGAACCAUAUUUAACUGUAAAAUAAACAUAUUUGAAAUAAUUAAAUUACAAUGGAGUAAUCUUGAUUAAAGUGUUGAUCAACCUGCAAAUUCUUAAAGGGGAUAAGUUUCUAAAGAAACUGUAGUGCUGUGUCUGUAGGAGAGUAUAGCAGGUAAUUUAGUGUUAACGACUGAGUUGAAAACGUAAAUUGGCCACCGUAAAGGGGAAGCGUCAGCCCUUCGUUAGAGCACGAGUCAUGCUUAGCUAGUUCCAGGCCUUCAGUCAGUAAAAAUUAUGUUUAUGAAGAGUUAAGGGUUGAAGCUGUUCCUCAAGUUAGUCCCGGAAUAAAGGUUUCAGUUUUACGUUUUAAUUCUGUAUCAGCCCAACAAAUGUUUUGUGUUGAACCAAGACACAAUGGCGACAUAGCGAGAUCUGACAUCUUGUUGACUUUAUGUGUAAAGCUUUAAUUUAUACGA